GGGCCAAAAUCAAACAUGGCGGCGUCUAUAGAAGAUGAUUUUGAGUUUAAUAAUCAGGACUACUAUUCUCUACUCAACGUCAGUAAAGAGGCUACAUUGGAGGAGCUGAAGUCUUCGUAUCGGAGGCUAUGUAUGCUCUACCAUCCCGACAAACAUCGAGACCCUGAACUGAAAAGACAAGCUGAACAACUUUUCAACCAGGUUCAUCGGGCCUAUGAAGUUCUGACCGACGCACACGCCAGAGCCAUCUAUGACAUCUUUGGGAAGAAAGGGCUGGAGGUGGAAGGCUGGGAGGUGGUGGAGAGGAAGAGGACACCGGCAGAAAUUCGAGAGGAAUAUGAAAGGCUACAGCGAGAGCGAGAAGAGAGGAGACUGCAACAAAGAACAAACCCCAAGGGCACAAUCAGUGUUGGUGUGGAUGCAACGGACCUGUUCGACCGUUACGAUGAGGACUUCGAGGAGAUGCCGGGGGGAGGUUUUCCUCACAUAGAAAUCAACAAGAUGCAUAUUUCUCAGUCUAUAGAGGCUCCUCUGACAAACACUAACACAGCAAUGCUGUCUGGUUCGCUGUCUACGCACAAUGGGAGUGGAGGGGGCAACAUUAACGUGACUGUGCGCAGAGUUAUGUCAGCCAAGGGAUGGGGAGAGGUGGAGUUUGGUGCUGGGGACAUACUGGGACCUCUUAUUGGGUUAAAGGUGUUUCGCAAUGUCACUCCACGGUGUUUCCUUACAGCCCAGUGUGGUUUGCAGUUCUCUCCUCGAGGCCUGCGGCCGACCUGUUCUUUGAUGACAGCGCGUCACCUGGAUCAGAACACCAUGGGUUACCUUCAGUGGCGCUGGGGGCCCACUAGUGCCAUGACUACAAGCGUGGUCAGAGACACGAAAAGCAGCCACUUCACUCUGGCUUUGCAGCUGGGUGUUCUUCACUCCUACCUGAUGAUGAGCUACCAGUAUAAGUUCCAAGAUGAAGACCAGACCAAAGUGAAAGGCUCUUUCAAGACUGGCUGGUUUGGUACUGUGGUUGAAUACGGAGCUGAGAGGAAGAUCAGUCGACACAGUGUCUUGUCAGCCACUGUCAGCAUUGGCGUCCCGCAGGGAGUCACACUCAAGCUCAAGUUGGCUCGCGCCAGUCAAACGUACUUGUUUCCAGUUCAUCUGACGGAUCAGCUGCUGCCAAGUGCCGUCUUUUACGCCACUGUGGCGCCUCUGCUGCUGUACGUGGCCAUCCACAGAAUGGUCAUCAUCCCGUUCACAAAAGCACAAAAAGAGGAAGAGCUGGAACUGCAGAGGAUCAGCUCCGCCACCGACAUUGCCAAGAAGAAGCUGGAAGCAGAGUCGGCUGUUUUGCUGAUGCAGGAGUCUGUGAGAAGAGUCAUAGAAGCAGAAGAAUCCAAGAUGGGUCUGCUCAUCUUGAAUGCCUGGUAUGGAAAGUUUGUAUCAGACACCAGUCAGAAAAAGGAGAAAGCCAAGGUGAUCGAUGUAACGGUACCACUGCAAUGCCUGGUCAAAGACUCCAAACUCAUCCUCACCGAAGCCUCUAAGGCGGGACUGCCGGGUUUCUACGACCCCUGCGUAGGAGAGGAAAAGAGUCUCAAACUAUUGUACCAGUUCAGAGGUGUCAUGCAUCAAGUCAUCUCUGCGGACACCGAGGCGCUACGGAUACCCAAGCAAUCUCAUAGAAUUGAGGCCGAGCCCUAGGAGCAAAUGCAUAUAAACAAGACUACGUGUUUGCAGAAGAACCCAAGGCUGGAAGGGACACGUCCAACAUAAAUUUGAUUUCCCCCCUCCGGUCCUCCUAUGUCAUGGUAUUAGCAAAUCCCUUUCACAAGUUUGUCCACUCCUUCUUUUCCUGGAGGUACUGUACGUUCUCAGGUCCAGCAGAGUACUGGAGAAAGCUGAGUUUCCCUUGUUGGCUGCAUCCGACAGAGCUGCACACAUACUGUAUCCGCCUGCUGGAGGACAUCAGCCAUUGGGCCAGAACACACAUUUAUGUAUGCACUACACAGAAAGACUGAUUAUUGCUGCAGUUCAGUGAUUAUUUUCCCUCAGUAAUGAGUCGGAUGUGUACAUUUUCUGACAGGUUCAGUAUGUCAGGCGUGUACAAGUCUUUCAUUGUAGUAGUCUUUGUUCUAUAUGUCUGAGUUUUACUUCAACAUUGCAUUAAGUCUUGCAAAUGUUUCUGGCAACACUACGCAGGACCAUGUGUCUGUCUCCCUCAGGCUAACAAGGACUGAGGAAUAGCCCAACACACAUUUUUAUUUGUUCAUGUGCACAAAAAUGUCUCAUUUUAACUUGUUAAAUAUUUCAUUGACAUGUCUGGUGCUCAGCAUGGUGCCAGUCAGCAAGAGUAAAGUGGUACUCCACACUUUUAUCGGUGGAUGUUGGGAUGCAGAAGGAGGAGGAUGUAUUACACAUGUAGGACGAUUGAGAGUUGCCUUUCGACCGCAGUGAUCCAGCUACGGAGGAAAACUUAAAUUCUUCACAUAGAUUUUUACUAUCACAUUCUGGACUGCGAUUUAAAGGCACAAAUUCAAGUUUAGUUGGUGUUGAUGUGUAUUAAUCUGUAUGCAAAUGCACGAAAACUGAAUUUUCUGUUGCGAGUUUUGAUUGAAUGAAGGUUAGUUUGUACUGGUCUGUAUACUGUUAGCAACGAAUCCAGUGAUAAUAUCAAAUACUAGUAUGGAUUUUUAAACUUAAAAGAUGACAUUUGAUUCAUGAUUACUUUUGUCGUGAAGAGGGCAAAUACAGUAUAAGGCCUCCGCCUCGUGUAGCUUCUUGGCGGCUGAAGAGCACACUGUAGCUGAGUCCUACUAAAAACGGUGUUAUUUAUAAUGGCACAUCUGCACACAUGCCAUUUUUUUUUUAUUUAAUACUGAUCUCCAUCUCUUGAAAUAUCAUGUUUCAACAAAAAUGGAUUAGUGUAUAGUUUUACCAUAGAUAUAUGAAUCAGUCUUAUUGAUACCGUUAAUCUUUUUGCCACGAUGGGUUUCUAGUGUCCUACAAUGCACUUAACUGCUAACAAACAGGCUAAGGACUAUAGAACCCAACUCUCCAAAUUUGUAAUUACAGCUUAAAUUUAAGCAACACUGAUUUGCUGGUAAACAGCUUUUAGAAAAGUACAAUUUGAUAGGACAACACUAAUAAGAUAAGCUUAUUUUUAUCACAUGGAAAGGUGAUUAUUUUUCAACUGUAUGUUAAUCCAGACUAAUCGCUCAGUUGUCAUUAAAUGGUGCUCAAGCCUUCUGUGAUGGUGGUAUACGUUGGAUUAAAAUAAUAUUAAGGAGAUGAGUUACAUAAAAAUAACAUUGUUUUGGGUUCAUUAAUGCCACGGUCAUUUUGCAUCAAAGGUUUUGACUUCGUCUCACCUGUUGUGUGUUGAACUAAGACUGCUCCUUGCUGUUACAUUCCAACCUCAUUAUCCAAACUGAUUCAAAUGAUGUACAUGUGUAUAGUCAAAGAGCCUGUGUUUUAUCUUGUAAAGAUAAUAAAU